AUGUUCUUGGCCCCCAGGGGAGGGUUGGGGGGGCCCUACUUGAGAGAAGCUGAGGACUCUGCCCCGGUGUUUCAGUAUGUGGGGAAGCAGGCCAAGCGGAAGGAGCGGGUGUUUGUCUGGGGUUUCUGUCAUGCUGGAGCCCUGGGGAUCCCCAGUUUUGUUAAGCCUGAUGCAGGCUGGAAAAAGAGCCGGAGGAUACAGCCCACACCCUACCGUCUGGACACUGUUGAGAAGAUAUCCUCUGCGGCCUGUGGCUAUGGCUUCACACUAAUAUCGUCAAAAACCACCGACAUUACCAAACUUUGGGGCAUGGGGCUGAACAAGGAUUCUCAGCUUGGCUUUCAGAGAAGCAGGAAGGAUCAAACUAAAAGCUAUGAGUAUGUCUUGGAACCAUCUCCCAUUCCAUUACCACUGGACACUCCUCAGCAGACUCGGAUCUUGCAGGUGUCUUGUGGGAGAGCUCAUUCCCUGAUCCUGACGGACAUCGAAGGAGUAUUCAGCAUGGGCAACAAUUCCUAUGGGCAAUGUGGCCGAAAAGUUAUUAAAGGUGAAAUUUACAGCGAAAGUCAUGUAAUUAACCGACUGCAAGAGUUUGAAGGCAGGGUUGUUCAGGUCGUCUGUGGGCAGGAUCACAGUCUGUUCAGGACUGAGAAAGGCGAGGUUUACUCCUGCGGCUGGGGAGCAGAUGGACAAACAGGUCUUGGUCACUAUGAUAUCACCAGCGUGCCCACCAAACUGGGCGGAGAUGUGGCUGGAGUAAAUAUCGUUCAGGUCGCCUCCUACGGGGACAGCUGUCUGGCUCUAUCUGAUGAAGGAGACCUCUUUGGGUGGGGAAACUCUGAAUACAUGCAGCUGGCGUCCAUCACAGAGACGACACAGGUGAAUGUUCCAAGGCACUUACCAUUCAAAAUUGGGAGGAUAAAGGAUGUUGCAUGUGGAGGGACAGGCAAUGCUAUUGUAAAUGAAGAAGGAAAUGUUUUUGUCUGGGGAUAUGGAAUUCUUGGGAAAGGACCAAACUUGAUGGAAACAGCAACUCCAGAAAUGAUCCCACCCACACUCUUUGGUUUGUCAGACUUUAGUCCAGAUACCCGGGUUUCUCGCAUUCGCUGUGGACUCAGCCAGUUUGCUGCACUGAACAACAGAGGAGAGCUGUUUGUGUGGGGCAAGAAUAUAAGAGGAUGUUUGGGGAUUGGAAGAAUGGAAGACCAAUAUUUCCCAUGGAGGGUGACAAUACCGGGUGAGGUAGUUGAUGUGGCUUGUGGAGUUGAUCAUAUGGUAACUCUGGUGAAAUCAUUUAUCUAGCAGCCAUGCUGUGCCUCAGCUGUUCUUUGAGAGCCCAGGGAUUGGAUGGGAAAGAUGAACCCCGAUCACUCUCAGUAAGGAGAAGUCUGAAUGCAGUAAUACGUCACUGAACAGGAGUGCACGCUGCGUGCGCACACACUGUGUGAAGAAUCUCUGCUAUGAUUGGAACCUAACAGAGCCUCCAGCUAUUUUGGGGAAGGAGCCUACCAUUCCUCCCACAGCAAUGUUGGAGAUGAGCUUGUCUAACAUUUUUAAUUGGCUGCUGAGAAGAGUCCAGCCAUCCUGGAGCCAAACCCACAGGCACAAAUGCUCUAAUGUGUAAGGAUUAAGGGCAGAAGGAGAGCUGUUUUAUGACCAUUUCACUGUGUUUUCCUCCAUGAGGAAAUUGCCCUCCGUAGUAUUAUAUGCACGCACUUGGACAGGCGGUAGAAAUCUAAAUGGGUAUACAUCACUGUUUUCGCUUUCAGUGUGUGAUAUUAUAGCCAGCCAUGCUUCCUAAAGGGAAGGUUAUAUUAUGGGAUGAAAUAAAUUCAUGCUAAGCCAGCCUA